GCGGGAUGUGGGAUGUGGUGUCCCGAAAAUAAAGAGGGGAGGGGGCGGCGGGGAGGGCGGUCGUGAGCGCGCAUGGCCGCGGCGCGGGGCUGCGCGGAGCGCGGCGGGGACGUGCCCCGGUGCGGCGGCCGCGGGGUGCUCGGUGCGCGCCGGCGCCGCUCGUCCUCCUCGGCCCGGCCCCCGAACCUCGCUGUCCCUCCGCGCUGAUCCUCUUUCUCUCUCUCUCUUUUUUUAAAGUGUGACUGAAACAAAACAAAGCCAAAGGGACGCUGGAUCUAUCAUUGGUUGAUUUUCUUCCUCCUUUUUUUUUUUAUGACCAAAAACAACCCCCCACCCGAGCAAACAAACACACACAAAAGCAGAAAGAAAGGGUCUUGCUCAGCAGCAGCAUGGAUGUCUUGGCUAGUUAUAGUAUAUUCCAGGAACUCCAGCUUGUCCACGACACCGGCUACUUCUCAGCUUUGCCAUCCUUGGAGGAAAACUGGCAGCAGACAUGCCUGGAGUUGGAGCGAUACCUUCAGACCGAACCACGGAAGAUCUCUGAGACCUUUGGUGAGGAUUUGGACUGCUUCCUUCAUGCCUCCUCAGCCCCAGAUGCAGAGGACAAUAUACGGCGGCUGGACCCCAUCCUUUUACCAGUGGAGACGAGUGCGUGUGACAAAAGCGCCAACAUGGACGUUAUCCUCUCCCGUGACAAACUGCUGUCUGAGACGUGCCUCAGCUCGCAGUCCACCAGCUCUUCCACAGAAGGCUACACAGCCGUCAACCAGGCCCAGCUCAAUGCAGUAACCUCACUAACCCCCCCUUCCUCUCCAGAGCUCAGCCGCCACCUCGUAAAAACCCCACAGACUCUCUCGGCAGUGGAUGGCACAGUGACGUUGAAACUGGUAGCCAAGAAAACUUCGCUCAGCUCUGUGAAAGUGGGUGUAGCAACAGCGACUGCGGGGACAAUAAAAAGUGGGCAAAGUGACAGUGAGCAAGGAGGUACAGGGACAGAAGCAUGCCCAGAAAACAAGAAGAGGGUUCAUCGCUGUCAAUUUAAUGGGUGCCGGAAAGUUUAUACAAAGAGCUCCCACUUAAAGGCUCACCAGAGGACUCAUACAGGUGAGAAGCCUUACAAGUGCUCGUGGGAAGGGUGCGAGUGGCGUUUUGCACGGAGCGACGAGCUCACGAGGCAUUACAGAAAGCACACGGGUGCAAAGCCCUUUAAAUGCAACCAUUGUGACAGGUGUUUUUCCAGGUCGGAUCACCUCGCCCUCCACAUGAAGAGACACAUCUAAAUAUCAGCUUGGCAUGGAUGUCAUCUGGGCUGAGUGUUGUGAGAUGAAAGUGGAACUCAAGUUACAACGUGCUACCUUACAGGAGAAGAGAACUUGAUCCCGUGUAACCCGCUGUACAGGGACCACAUGCUCACAGUGUCAUGCACCCAGUUACACUUCAGUACCUACAUCGGUUCUUUUAUGCCUUGCCCCAGCUGGAUGGGAGAAGAUGCAGGCGAGGAAAUGGUGUAGAGGUGAAGUCAGUGAAAAAGAACAAUUACUUACAGUACUUCAUCCCUCUUGGAUUUGUUUCCUGUUUUUGCCAAUGGAAAUCAAAGAAAACAGAGGAGGCUUCCCUGCAGGUGGACGGCAGUAGGAGGGGCUUAUCUAACUUGCUUCUCAGUGCAACUCGGUAGAAGAAUAUGAUGUCUUGAAGUUGCAUAUUUGUAGCACUAACUUUCUUUUUAAAUAGAUGGGGGGAAAACAAUGACCUAGAAAACCAAAUCCCAGUUUGGUAGCCAAAAUUAACCUCUUGGUUUUUUUGUUCUUUCUCUGAGAAUUCCUAAUGUUCAGUGCAUCAGACUUGUUACAGACACUUUGACCUGUCUUGGUUUUGGUUCUUCUUCCUGGAACUGAGCUAUUGAGAUCCUUUUAAGUCAAUACCAGUGGCCUUAAUGGCAGUAGACUGUGGAGUGACACUUGUGACACAAACAUCCUCCUUUUGGCCUGAGUUUAUGUAGACUUCACGGAGGAUUAUAUUUUUGUUGGUUGGUUUGUUUUUUUGGGGUGUUUUUUUUGUUUGUUUGUUUUGGUUUGGUUUUUUUUUCGGGUUUUUUUUUUUUUUUUUGGCUAUUGCACAACAUAUGCACUAGGGACUCUGGAAGCUGCUGCCACGAUGGCUAAAUAGCCAAGGGAUAAACCCCUGAGAUACAGCACCUAAUAUCUCUGUAAGCCUCACCUUAUUGCCAUAGCUAGGACUUCUUGUUUAUCUUUUGAACAAAAAACUUAAAAAGCUUGUUUGGAAGCUUAAACUUUUUUUCUCUUUUCUCCAUAAACAAGUGAUCUUCAGAACUCCUUGUCUUCACCUGGAUAUCAGUCUGGGACUGGCCACACAGGCAUGACUACAGGAUUCCUACCACAUCAUGUGAGCAUAUUAGCCACAACCCACGGUGAUUUAGUGGUGAAUUGUGUUGCUUUUUCUUGCAGUUCUUCUAUUAACCAAUUUAAAACAUUAGCCUUUUUUCUGUAAAGAGCACCUGCAGAUGUUUUAAUUUAAACUGUUUGUUGAGCAUCUUACACACACAAAAAACCCAAGCCAAAAAUCCUACUCCAGUCUCUGAGCAGGAAAUCAAGAACCUCUUCCAAGUACAAUGGCUUCAUUCAGCAUUAGCCCGUUAAAGAAAUUGUCAAAGUCCUGCUUUUCUGUUCAUCAAGUUGAUGCUGUAGCCCACUCCUAUGUGAAAAAAUGUAACCAUGUGAGCGGUGAAGGGAGGGAUUUUUUAUACUGCAGUGCGGCAUUUCCAAAUGAUUGGUCUAAAGUAUUACUAACCUAGAGGUCCAUUUUGGCCUACGGUGUGAAUCAUCAAGAAGUGGAAGUCUCAUGCUCACCCUUCCGUCAUAUUGAUAAUUUGAUUUCUUUGGCUCAAAGUGGAUUAAAGCCUUCAUUACAAAAGGAAAAAAAAAAAAAAAACCCUAAAAAAUUUAUUGCCAUAACUUGUAUUUGAACCUAUUUGGCACUGGCCCUGACUCCAAAGACUGCAUUUAGGACCAUAAAAGUGGCCUAUGCAAGCAGGCAGGUGGUCAUUAGGUUGUAUAUUUUGUAUAUUCUUGGACCAUCCCUACAAGAUGUGUCCAGAAAUGAAACAAAAUAGUGCGUGGUCCACAAAUGGUUGCUGCUCUUUUAUAAUGUAUUAGCCAACUGCCCUUCUUUGACUGUUUUGACUCAUUGACUGUUAAAUAUUUCCCUUAAUUUAUGUUUUGGGAGGUAAAAUUGUACUCUAAGGGGAAAAAAGAGCAAACAAGAAACUCAGUAGAUGUUCUUAAGAGCUGUCACCGGGAUCCUUGGCACUUGAAUUCUCAGCAUUUUGCAACCUUUGGUUCCAGUGAGAGAUUGAAUUUAUUCAAAAGAUGCUGGUUUUCCUCACAGUUUUCACAAAACACUGUGACUGUCAACUGAACACUUUGGGGACAGGGGGGAAAUACGAUGUCUGGCCCAUAUGGCAUGAAAUAUGGACCAAAAUCUAACCAUCUUUUAGGGACAGUGAUGUAAUAUUCGUGAUAAGAACAUGAGAGUGAAAGAAAGUCAGAAAGAAGGAGAGAGAGAAGAAAAAUUGAAUUUAUUCCAAAGAUUUAAAACUAACUAUACUCUAUAUAUGUAUAUAUAUAUGCUUAUAUAUAUAUGUAUACAUUUAAAAAUUGCAGAGCACUGCUUGCUGACAAUCUCGUAUUUCUCUACUUCUGUAUUUGCAUACUUUUUAUGGCCAUUCCACCCAGCUGUUUCACUGGGACUGAGGGCCCUAGAAUCCACUUUGUGUUGGAAUUUAUAGAGCAUCCUGCCAGACCACAGAAUCACAGAGUAUCCUCAGUUAUAAGGGAUCCACAAGGAUCAUCAAGUCCAACUUCUGGCCCUGCGCAGGACACCCCAAGAAUCCCACCGUGUGCCUGAGAGUGUUGUUCAAAGCUCCUUGAGCUCUGGCAGGCUUGGGGCUGUGACCACUUCUCUGGGGAGCCUUUUUCGGUGCCCGACCACUUCUGAGUGAAGAACUUUAUCCUGAUGUCCAGCCUGAACCUCCACACAGCUCCAUCCCAUUCCCUUGGAUCCUGUCACGGGUCACCAGGGAGCAGAGAUUGGUGCUGCCCCUCUGCUGCCCCUCAGGAAGAUGUCCAAUGGGAAUUGAAACCUCAGCUGUGUGAAACUGUAGAGCAUCCAGUGAGUGCACUAGAUCAAAAAAGGAUAGGAGAACCCUUGAAUUUCCUUACUGUGGUCUCCUAAAAUUUAUGCUCUCAAAUUCUCCACUACGAUAUUCAUUGGCUGUGAACCUGCAUAAAUAUCCUCCUUUGCCAUCUGAACACACCUGCUUUUAGACAUGCUACCAGUAGUACACAAACCUUAAUUAUUAAAUAAUGAUUUUAACACCAGACUCUGUUUAAAUUGGAAAAAGUCAAGCAAGACUGUUUUUAGUUCCAGUUGUCAUUUAUGGUCUUGUUGGCAUCUUAUUUAAAUAUUCCAGAACAAGGGCCCCAGGUGAAAAAAAUGCUGAAAGAUCUCUUUACUUUGUUCAAAAGGCAGGCCUUCAUCUGAAUCCUGGAUCCAGAUAGCCUAAAAAACAUAGAAAAAAGUGGGGUAAAAGGCAGAUUUCAAAUUUCUCAGGCUUUGUAGCAGGUCUUGAACUCUGAAGCCAACAUUUGAGCUUUGGAACCACCUCUUAUGUUUGAAAAGGGAGAUAUUUUUCAGCUGUAUAUAUGGUGCACCCAUCAAUCUUUUGACUUCAGUUUUUGGGUGCUCAUAUGCAAGUGUCUUAGUCAUUGCUAAAAUUUUGAACCCUAACUUUCUCCAUUUUGGAAAGGCAUAAUCAGUGACACAUUCCAGGACUGGUUUUUUUACAAUGAUUUGUUUCUUUGCAGAUAUUUUAAGCUGUACACUUCAAAUUGUGUAGUCUGUUAUAAUUAGUUCCUUUUUGGGCCUGUGUCUCCUUGCUAAAUUUGUACCGUUGUCCUCUCUCUGUAAAUUAUGAGUAGAAUCAGACUGAAGAGGAAAGGUUCUAUAUAAGGCUUCUUGAAAGCAAACCCAUACAUUUGGUGACAGUUGAGGACUGAGUUAUCUGGCGGUAGAAAGGAGAAGCUUUACCUUGUUUCCUUCAAUGCAACAUUUAUGCCCAUUUGCAAAAGAGAAGCCAUUGUAAGAAAGUCAGAUGGUGGUUUCCAAGGCCAUGGAACCAUGAAAACAAAUUGAGCUAAAAGUCUCACAAGAUAGCGUACACAGAGGAAGCAACAAAGACAAAUGUGAGGUUUUGUGAUUAACUGAAUAAUAUUUUGGAUCAAUCAGAGCAGUCAAUCAUAGAAUCACACAUGUGGAAAGUGGCCUCCAGAGGCCAUCUUAGCUGACCUCCAACUAGGUUGGUUGCUCAUGGCCAUAUCCAGCUGAGUUUUAAAUAUCCUCAAGAAUGGAAAUUCUGCGACCUCUCUGUGAAAGUUGUUCCAAUAUUUAACCACUUUCAUGGUUAAAAAAAAAAAAAAAAAAAAUCUGUGUGUCAAGUAGGAAUUUUCCAUGUCCAAACUUGUUUUCAGUGCCUCUUCCACUGUGCACCUCCAAGAAGAGUCUGACUUCUUUUCUACAGUCUUGGUUAGGUAUUUGGAGAUAGCAAUAAGAUCUACACUUACCCUUCUCUUCCUAAGGCUGAAUCAUGUCUCUCAGCCUCUCUUCAUCCAUCAUGUGUUCCACUACCUUCGUGGUGACUCUCUGCUAGACUUGCUCCCAUAUGUCAAUAAUUUUCUUGUAAUGGGGAGACCAAGACAGAAUAUUCCAGGUCAAGAUGUGCUUCAUAUGUGAUAGUGUUGAUAAAAUUUAUUUAUUCUGGAUUUUCCAUUAUCUGAGACAACUUAAAGUCAAGAUUCUGUUUUGAAAACUGGCAAAUAAAAAAUAAUUUAGGAAGCACUGUUAUAAAUAGUUUUCUAAUCAGAUUUGCCAAAUCUGUGCAUAAAAAUAUGCUUAUAGAAGCAUAGCCAGCUUGAGGCCUGGCUAGCGAAAUUCUGUUUUUUCUCAACAUGAUCAUUGAUGGUUCACUUUGAAGUAAAAAAGGUAUUGUUUCAUUUGUACUGUAUCAAAUACGAAGACACAUGAAACUGUAUUUUAGUCACUUCUUACACUAAAACAACACUUCAGUGCAUCUUUGCUCUGUUUGGUUUUGCCCUUAGGAGAUAAAGAGCAACAUAAAAUAUCAGAUAUAUUUUAUAGAGAUUGGUCUAAAAGUGGAUGGCAGAAUCCAGAGUAUUUUUCAUUAUCUCUGAGUUUUUCAGUAGCUAGUACUCAGUCUUGACAAUUACAUUACCUGGCUAAACUCACAACUGAAGUGAAAUUCUAGAUUCUUUCAAUGUCUUGGACAAGGCCCUGAGCAGUCUGAUCUCACUAUUCUUUCUUUAAACAAAGGUCUGAACUAAGUGGCCUCCAGAAGUACCUUCCAAUAUUGAUUUCUCUGUGUUUCUAUGAUUCAUUUCACAGCUCUCACUGAUUAAAUGUGUACUGGUUCUAUUUCUUCAUAGUUUUGUUCUGAUGAAACAGACUGUAGGGCAGAUCUGUGGGUUUUUUUCUCAAAUUCUGAUAGUUUCAUCCUUGUUAAACUUUAUAAGGUUUCUUCAUGAGGGAGACCUAAAGAGGAAGAAAUCUUAAGAAACCCUAAACCCUUAGCAAGCCAGUUUGAAGCAAUAUCAUACCUUGAUAUGUGUCACAGCUGCAGGGAUCAGCCAGUUAUUAUGGAAACAAGUUUGCUAGCCUGGAAGACCCAUGUGAUGUCUCAGAAAUGGCUUCCUGGACCUGGAAUCCAAGCCAACAUAUUUCAACAAAGGUGAACAUUUUUUUCUUUCAUUCUUAUUUUCCUCAGACUUUUUGGAAUUGCUAUUUUUCUUGGGGUAGCACAUUUUCACUUAAUGCAUGGGAAGCACUGACCAAACACAGAUGAGGAAGAAGAACCUGAAUGCACGAGCAUCCCUCAAUCUUUGCUUUUGGAAUUGUUUUAACUUCAGGCAUAAAAAAUUAACUAAUCACUAGGGUGUAUAGCUAAAGUGGAGUUGAUCAAAUAUGAUUGUUGCAGUGAUUGAGUAUAUCUUACCUGUGACCUUUCUGAUAUCUACAGAAUCAAGCUUUCUCCCUCAUUUUUAUCUGACCCUAGAUGAUUUGGGGUUUGUAUCUAAUAUAAAGGUUGCUCCUCCUAUUUAACACACUUUAUUUGUCUGUAUACAAAAGAGGUGGUAAUUGGUACUUUUGACAAAGCUGAUGAAGUCCAACUUCCUUAAGUGUUUCCCUUCCUCUUCUCUUAAUAUAUGUCAAAUCUUUAAAUUUAAAAAAAUUAAAAAGGAAAAUUUUGUAAAUAAUUUAAUGUUACAAGGCCAGCACUCAGUGGAUCAAGGGCUUUUACUCUUGAUUUCAUUCAGGACUUGGCACAUUCUGUCAUUCCAUCCAGUAGGACUGUUUUUGAGCUUUGAUAUCCUGGGUGAUGCUCUAACCCAGAACUUCUAAAGUACUUUUUGCUGAUUUCAGAUAGAAUUGCACUUGCAAAGAUAUCUACAUACCAAGAAAAAAACAAUGCUUGACAAUAACUAUUUAACUCUGCCUUGAAUAAAUGGGAAUAUUUUCCUCCCAAGAUAUUACAACUACUCAUUGACAAGUCUUGCCUGUCUUUCCUUAGCUUUUAAACUACACCUUCAUGAAUGAUCUUUUCCAGAUCGAACUUGGAUAUUUUUCUUCUUUUUGUCACACUUGUGUCUCUAUUUAUUAAUAGUUUAGGGAUGACUGCUGCAGUCUUUCUCCUCCACAGCUCUGCACAGGCUUUGGUGGCAAGAUUUAGCAUUGUAAGGAGUGUAGGAUCUGGCCUACCAGGUACUAAGAUCUGUUUUGUAAAGCUGAGAAUUUUCUCCUCUCUUAGAGGAAGAACUAUUGAGAAUACUUGUGCUAUAUAAGUUAUAUAUAUAAUUAUAUAGUUGUAUAUAUAAAUUAUAUACGUAAAAAUGCUGAGAUGGGAAGUAGACUGCCUUUAUCACCUCAAGAAUGUUUCCCUACCUGAAAACUUUCAAAUGCAGGCGUCAUUUAUAAACAGGGUUUUAUAGUUUUCCUUAAUGCUUGUUGAUGGCAUUUUUGGUGUAAUAAUUGAAGUUGGAACUCUGCGAUUUUCAAAAGGAAAGCUUUGAUGAUUUUAAGUGCUUUGGUCCUAACUUCUAUAUACUGCCAGAAAACAGGUUCUCCACCCUGUCUCUGUGUGGAUGUGGAUGUACAAGAGUAUACUGUAUAUACCUACACAGAAGAGCAAACUGAGCUACUGACUUACAGUUUGUAGUAGCCAACUGUGCCUAUUGCUUUCAUUUAGGGAGGGCACUUGCUGUUGCCACUGCAUUUUAGGAAUCAUGACAGCUUCUGUAGGAAAGUUUUCAACAGUGCUGGGAAAUACAUGUUGCUGUGUACUGUGAAUGAGUAGGCUGCAGAUUUGGGGAUUGGGAGGGGAGGUGGGAAGGGAGGGGGAUGAGGGCUUCGCAUGUACACACUAAAGGGAACUAGAAUGGACAGAAACGUGGCAAUUUUAGCCUUUAUUGUUGGGCUCUCGGGGAAAUGAAAAGCUAACAUGCAGUCCCUGGAAGGCCUGAUGGCUGAAGGGCUGAUCUUUAUGUUUUGCAACAUAUGUUUUACCCAUUGCUCUGUAUUUAAAUCCCCAGACCUGUCAGAUUCUGGAAGUAGAUCAAAACACUGGUUUAACACUACUUUGUUACCAAGGCCGUGUCUCUACCAGGGAAGCUGCCCUACAUUAAAUUCAGACUAGCUAAAUCACUUUGUAGCUGCACCUGUUACGUGAUUGCCUGGAUCAAGUUUGUAUUGGCAUCCUAUGCAGUUAAGCUGAUGUGUAAGAAAUGCUUUAAUUAAUUAAGGUACCUUUACAGGAAGGUUCUCCAGUUUAAGUACCUGAUUUUGAAAUCACUGCAUAUAAACCACAACAGCUUUCCUCUUAGAAACAAGGCCUUAGUUUGGCAUGUCUGCUCAUCUAGUUGAAAAAAUAAUAAUGCAGGCUGAGAUUUUAUUUUUUCUUUGCAAAGUGACCUGUUUUCCCUCUUAUUCUUUGAAAUAUUCUUGCUCUCUACCACACAUUAAAUUUUUGUUUGGGGAAUCUUUCUUUAACAACAACAAAAACAUAUGAAUGCUCCCUAUUAAAAAAAAACAAAACAACAAACAAAACAAAAAACCAAACAAAAACAAAAACAAAAAAACAAA